CGGGGCCCGGCCGAACCCCCUCUAACAGCUGAAGUGGGUUGCGAGUGGGAGGCGGCGGCUGGUCCUCAGCGGUGUUUGGGAAGAUGGCGCCUCCGGUGACGGACCGGGGGCUGAAGAGCAUCGUGUGGCAGAAGAUAAAAGCAACAGUGUUUGAUGACUGCAAGAAAGAAGGCGAAUGGAAGAUAAUGCUUCUAGAUGAAUUUACUACUAAGCUUUUGGCAUCGUGUUGCAAAAUGACAGAUCUUCUAGCAGAGGGUAUAACUGUUGUGGAGAAUAUUUAUAAGAAUCGAGAACCUGUCAGACAAAUGAAAGCUCUUUAUUUUAUCUCUCCAACAUCAAAGUCUGUAGACUGUUUUUUACGUGAUUUCGGAAGUAAAUCGGAGAACAAAUACAAAGCAGCGUAUAUCUACUUCACUGACUUUUGCCCUGAUAGUCUCUUUAACAAAAUUAAGGCUUCUUGCUCCAAGACAAUAAGAAGAUGUAAAGAAAUAAAUAUUUCCUUCAUUCCACUUGAAUCUCAGGUAUAUACUCUUGAUGUACCAGAUGCAUUCUAUUACUGUUACACUCCAGACCCUAGUAAUGCAAAUGGAAAAGAUAUCAUCAUGGAAGCGAUGGCUGAGCAGAUAGUUACAGUAUGUGCUACCCUGGAUGAAAAUCCUGGAGUAAGAUAUAAAAGUAAACCUCUGGAUAAUGCCAGUAAGCUUGCUCAGCUUGUUGAAAAAAAACUUGAAAACUACUACAAGAUUGAUGAGAAGAGCCUAAUAAAGGGUAAAACUCAUUCCCAGCUCAUAAUAAUUGAUCGUGGCUUUGAUCCUGUGUCCACUGUCCUGCAUGAACUGACCUUUCAGGCAAUGGCAUAUGAUCUACUGCCGAUUGAGAAUGAUACAUACAAAUAUAAAACCGAUGGGAAAGAAAAGGAGGCAGUCCUUGAAGAAGAUGAUGACCUCUGGGUCAGAAUUCGACAUCGGCAUAUUGCAGUUGUAUUAGAGGAAAUUCCCAAGCUUAUGAAAGAAAUUUCAUCAACAAAGAAAGCAACGGAAGGAAAGACAUCACUUAGUGCUCUUGCCCAACUGAUGAAAAAGAUGCCCCAUUUCCGUAAACAGAUUACUAAGCAAGUUGUUCAUCUUAACUUAGCAGAAGAUUGCAUGAAUAAGUUCAAGCCUAAUAUAGAAAAGCUCUGCAAAACUGAACAGGACCUGGCACUUGGAACUGACGCAGAAGGACAGAAAGUCAAAGAUGCUAUGCGAGUACUCCUUCCAGUUCUACUCAGCAAAAAUCAUGAUAAUUAUGAUAAAAUAAGAGCAAUCCUACUUUAUAUAUUCAGUAUUAAUGGAACUACGGAAGAAAACUUGGACAGGUUGAUCCAGAAUGUAAAGAUAGAAAAUGAGAGUGACAUGAUUCGUAACUGGAGUUACCUUGGUGUUCCCAUUGUCCCUCCCUCUCAACAAGGCAAACCAUUAAGAAAGGAUCGGUCUGCAGAAGAAACGUUUCAGCUCUCUCGAUGGACACCUUUUAUCAAAGAUAUUUUGGAGGAUGCCAUUGAUAAUAGAUUAGAUUCAAAAGAGUGGCCAUAUUGUUCCCAGUGUCCAGCAGUAUGGAAUGGCUCAGGAGCUGUAAGUGCUCGGCAGAAACCCAGAGCUAAUUAUUUAGAGGAUCGAAAAAAUGGGUCUAAGCUGAUUGUUUUUGUAAUCGGAGGAAUUACAUACUCUGAAAUGCGUUGUGCUUAUGAAGUAUCUCAGGCACAUAAAUCCUGUGAAGUUAUUAUUGGUUCCACGCAUAUUUUAACACCCAAAAAGCUGUUGGAUGAUAUAAAGAUGCUGAAUAAACCCAAGGAUAAAGUCUCCUUUAUUAAAGAUGAAUAGCAUUUUAGUGGGGGAGGGAUUUGGAGAUUCUUAUUAAUUUGAUCAACUAAAGUAGAUCAAGACAUUGUGGCUGUCAUGUAAUUUAAAAAAUGUAAAUAUUUUAAGGAAUAAUGACUUUUCAAAUAUAUUUCUUAAGGGACUGUUUAUGAUUGCAUAUCAUUGGAUUUGCCUUUUUGUGAUACGCGGGCCUCUCACUGUGGUGGCCUCUCCCGAUGCACAGGCUCAGCGGCCAUGGCUUACGGUCUUCCCGGACCGGGGCACGAACCCAUGUCCCCUGCAUCGGCAGGCAGACUCUCAACCGCUGCGCCACCAGGGAAGCCCUGGAUUUGCCAUUUUUAAUUUAAAUAUUGUUGCUGCUUUAUAGAUGAUGAGAAGAAAUGUUAAAAUGCUUUCUAAAAGGAAAUAUUUUCAGCUUUGGAACAGAAUAUAUUACAGUUAUGGGUAAUUUUUCACAGCCACCUAUGUACAUACUAAUUACUUAUUAGAUACUUAUCUGUCUAAUGCUGAAGUAUAGUUUUUUGGGAAAGAAUGAUUUUAAUUGAAAAGGUUGUAAAAGUAAAAACUGUGAACUUGUAUGUAUGAUAGAAUGAUUUCCUAUAAGUGCAGUUUUUCUUUCAACUGAAAUUCAUAACUUCUUUUAUAUGUAAAGUAAUUUAGUCAUUAAUAGGAAUAGAAUGAUUUCACAGCAUAUACUGUUGCUAGAUACUUCUGAAGAACACAGUUUUGUAUAAUUCUGAAUAAUGUAUGUUAAAUUAGCAAACAAAAAUAAUCAUGAACAUUCUAAGAGAAAAUAAAUAUAUACUUACAAAAA